CUCUGUUUGGAUUAGCCGUCCUGUUGAUUGUAUUGCUAAACGGAAGCGGCGAAGAUGGAUAUGUUUGGACGUUACUUUUAUUGUCCCGUUUACGGUAGUCAAAGUACUCGACUGUUUUAGUUAGACAGUUUUUUGACACACUAGACUUUUUUUUUUUUUUUUUAACUAUACAUGAAAAGACCGUGGGUACUUCAGGCUCGCUUUGUUUACACUGCGGCAGAUGGUUAACACAACAGCGUAUGUUAACCUAGUUACUUUACACUUGUAAUGAUGGAGUCACAAUGCGAGUAUUUCAUGUAUUUUCCCGCCGCUCCAAUAUCGAGUUUGUCAGACCCGGCGGAGUACACAACUCUUCCGCGGCGAAAGCACGUCUACCUGGGGGAGAUAGUCCAGUUCCUGCUGGUCCUGCGGUCUCGGAACACGGCGGUGGGGAGGGAUGACAGCUCCGGCGGUUUACCUUGGAAGGACCUGGCGGGUUCUCUGUGUGCUCUGGCCAGUGUGUGCGUCGCCGAAAGCCGGCAGCAGAGACCCAGCGAGUACCAAGCCGAUAUCCGCAGCACCUGCAGCGAGGACGACGGGGAAGAGGAGCCCGAAGAGAGGGAGUCUGGAGGAAAAAAGCCGCCGGACAAUAACCGGACUUUCAUACAGUGCAGCCCGCAUCUCAUUCACAACAGCUCGGCCAGGGAUGGGAGGGAACCGGUGAAGGCUGCUCUGGUGUUGGACGACCAGGUUGUCUUCUGUCUCACCGUCUCGUUGGACAAGCUGCCAGUCAACACGCUUACAGCCAAGAUCGUAGUGACCGUGUGGAGGCCGGAGGAUGAGAAGGCGGAGGUGAGGGAACAUGGCUACCUGACUCUCCUGCAGCUCCGGAGUCCAAUACACACCUUCAGGCAGGACCUCAACACCUUCAAGGCACAGGUCAGCACCACCGUGCAUGUUCUCCCACCACCCAGUGUCCAGUUUCAGCACAUGGCUGUCUCUGGAAAACACCUGACCGUCCUUAAAGUGUUGAACUGCAGCUCUCAGGAUGAGGUGUGUGUCAGAGAUGUGAAGAUCCUUCCUAACUAUAACCUGUCCUACCUCCCCAUGAUGCCAGAUGGUUCAGUUCUCAUAGUCGACAACGUCUGCCACCAAUCAGCUGAGGUCACAGUGGCUUCAUUCUAUCGGAUGGACAGCGAGUCGUCGCGUUUACCCAGCAUGCUCAGCGCCCUGGAGGAGCAGAACUUCCUGUUCCAGCUGCAGCUACAGGACACAGCAGAGGAGGACUCCAGUGAGGGUUUGGAAGUCCCGUUGGUGGCUGUGUUACAGUGGUACACUCCGACACUGCCUCUAACAAGAUACAUCUCUAGUUGUUACGCGCUGCCCAGUAUCCGCUUGGAUCGUCCUCGGCUGGUGAUGACAGCUUCCUGUCCUCGUGCCGUCAGGCCUCUGGAGCACUUCUGGGUAAAAUACACCCUGCUCAACAACUUGCAGGACUUCCUGGCCGUCCGUCUGAUCUGGAACCCUGACGCUGAUAGAGGAGGCCAGCAGGAUCCCAGGGCCCACCCGGCAGUGGUGUGCCAGUCCCCUCUCAACAACCUGGGCCAGUGUAGGAAGGGCUCCACCCUCUCCUUCACCGUGGCCUUCCAGAUCCUCAGGACUGGACUCUUUGAGUUGAGCCAGCACAUGAAGCUGAAGCUGCAGUUCACAGCCUCGGUGUCCACCCCCACCGCGGAGGUCGGAUCCCCGCUGAGGAACUGUCCAUCGUCAGUCAGAGAGCUGCUGGACAGACAGAGCCUGGGCCGCUCUCAGAGCUUCUCCCACCAGCUGCCGCCCAGGGCUCACCACGUCAGGUCCGGCAGCGCCAUGGAGCAUCGGAGCAUCACUCCUCCUGCAGGAUCUCCAGCGGGCAGAGGCCGGUACCUGCCACCCAGCCACAGCCUCAUCUCACUGGACAAAAUAGCCAAGAGAGAGUGUAAGGUGUUGGUGCUGGAGCCGGUCCAAGAGGCACACAGCCGAUGACCUGGAGAGACCCAUACAUCAGUGUUUGGUCCCUCUGUCCAGCCGCCAGAGCAUCCACCCUGUGCCCUGAAGGCAACACGGCGUGGACGCAGUGAUGGAAGGAGGAGCAGAGGAGCGCUGAUUGGCCAGAGAGGAGGAGGAGGUGAUGAGAGGACAGAGAGAGGAAGGUGAUGGAGGGAUAAUACUGCUGGCCUGACAUGAUGAAAGAAAAGAAAAGCCCCCCCCCGCAGAGCCACAAGAAUUGUUCAUUUCAUUGGUUCAUCAUUUCAAUUUUGUUUUGGUUUUUACUUUUCCAUCAAGCCUUCGUUCCAUUUUCCUCCACGGGUUAUUUCCCUUGCCUUCCUAUUCCUGUGUAUUUAUAGUUACAAGAUUCUUUUGGAACUUGGCGUUGACUGUAUUUUCCUUUCUUAUGGCAGCUCUUGUUUUCUUGUAGGAUAUAAAUCAGGAAACCCCAGACUAACUGCGUGCGUCAGGGCUGGGAGCACGGAAUAAGCUGGAUGGAUCCAGUAGCUGGUAUUUAUUUUGAUAAAGUAGCAGUCCAACAUUUUGUGAAAUAAUUUGUUCGCCAUCGAGAUACGAUAACGUUAUCUGUCUAAGAACGUUAGAUAACGGGAAAAACUGCUGGCCUAGCUGCAUCUGAUAGACCUUGCAACAGUCCUAUUUCCACCUUGUGCACUAUAUGGCCCUUUCCUGGUCCAACCGUAGACUGACGAGACAUGUCUCCACUUCCUUCGCACUGUACAAAAUUGAAGCCAAAAUCUCCCAGAUACAGGCAGCCUCAUCUUGUAAUUUUGGAGUCUGCGCAGUACUGAUCAGGCGGUACAGCUGCGAUAUCAAAGUCCCACCCAUACACCCGCCCGACCAAUCCCGAGUCAAUCCCAGCUGUCAAUCCUGACAUUUCACCCCGUUAUUAUAGCAUCAAAGAACUAAUAAAAACCAAACUUCUCAGUAUGUGAACAAAAAUCUGCAUGAUAACAACUACCUGAAUGACUGAAAACCGUCUUUGGGAAACAUUUAUUUGACAUGUACUUUUGACUUUUUAGUUUGGCCUAUGUCCUGUCCGCUAACAUGGAGGGGGCGGGGCUUAUGACCUACACUGCAGCCAGCCACCAGGGGGCGAGCCAGACGUUAUGGCCUCACUUACACAGUCUAUUAAAGCUGCAACGAUUAGUCGACUAAUCGAUUAGUCAUUUGAUACGAAAAUAGGUGGCAACUAUUUUGAUAAUAAUAAGUCAUUUUUUCAGCCUCUCAAAUGUGGAGAUUUCCAGCCUCUUUUCUGUUUUACUCAAUAUCCGGGUUUUGGACUGACAAAACAAGACACUUAGAGAUAUCUGCUUGCGAUGGGCAAUUUUCACCAUUUUUCUGAAACUUUAUAGACAAAACGAUUAAUCGAGAAAAAGAAUCAUCAGAAUUAAUUAUUUGAUAAUGAAAAUAAGCGUUAGUUGCAGCCCUACAGUCUAUGCAUCGACCCCUGGUUGACAAUGCCCCCCCCCUCCCAUCGGUGGAAAGCCUGAAACCAGAAGAGUGGACGCACUUAUAGCAGCCCAUUAAGCCCCAUGGUGUCAGAUGUUCCACUGUCCACAUAUUGUUGGCCACACAGUGUAGCUCGUUAGCAAGUAGGCUAGUCCCCAAAGUCAGCUGGGUUCCGGUCACUUAGAAAAACCCUAACCCUAAGAGAACGGGAGCCACUGUUGGGUUAGGCUUAGGGCCAACAUGUAGUUCUAGUGUUAGGGCCAACAUGUAGUUCCAACAACUGCUACAGCGGUGCACUACACAAGAUACAACAUGUCAAUCAGACAGCUGUGGGCUCCAUACAGAGGGGAUUUGGCGCUCUCUUGACAAAGCUAGGCUAGCAGUUCCCCCACUGCUUCCAGUCUUUGUGCUAAGCUAAACGUGUUCUGAAACUACUCGUGCUGUAAACGUGAUUCCGGGUAUGACCGAAAAUAGGGAAGUUCACUUCCCACAAUAUCAGACCGCGCCCUUUAAAUAAGCUCAGGCAGAAGUUGCCAUCUGGGAGGUUUGAACUACAAUCUCUUUAUUCUACCCGCUUAGGUUUCGUCUUCAGUAUCGGAAACAUUUAGGGGAAAUUAAUCAGUAAUUACAAGUAAUAUUGAUAGGUUUAAGGUUACAAAUUGUGUUUUUUUUUAUUAUUAUAACUGAACUACAGAACUGGAUGACAGCUGCGUGUUGUCCUACACCUUCCCUAGCAGGAAGUGGUUUGCACUCAGACUGACAUCUAUCGGUCUAUUUGUAGAAUUUGAGUAUUGAGUGUGAUCCAGGACCAGCUCCAUACAGUAGUCUUUACACUGGCUGAUUUAUUUAAAUGUAUUUGUCUUAAUGAUCCCUUCAUUUAUUGGCAAUGUUUUUGUCUAUUUUUUGGACCUGUUACAUAGACUCCGUGGUGUGACAGUGGACCAGCACCUUUUACAGUGUGGUCCCCUUAUUUCAUUCAUUGUCCAGUAAUUCAAAACCCCCUAGCAACGUAACGCAUGUUACAUAAUCGCUGCCAAUGACUCCCGUGUAGAAUGGGUGAGCCUCAUGUGGAAACAGGGUCCAGUUGAAAUGAGAGGCUUGUUGGCGUUGUUGAACAAUUAAUGCUUCUAAUGUAGUCUGAUAAUUACAGAACUCAUUUCUUAGGGCGUUUCCCAGAAAGAACUGUGUCAUUUCUAUUUUCCAGGGGUGCUCUUAAGCAGGGUGCUUUUAAACCAGGGGUGUCAAACUCAAAGGGGCCACACAUGUACAGUUCAUUGACAUGCUUUGAUUUAACUGAAAAAGUCAAAUAUCUUUGACUGUACUAUUGCCCGUGUCAUAUAAUCUUCUCACGUACAAUUUGGUCGACAUAAAUCCCUCAGCAAAGUCAGCAAAAAAAAAAAAAUUACUUUAUAGCCAUCCCAGAAUUUAGGAAAU